AGGCUGCAACAAUGAGGGGGACACGUACCUGAAGCCCACAUGGUGACGGAAAACUCUCCCUCCAGGGUCUUGAUCUGCACCUGCUUCUGCUCCCAUUUCCUGCCGCUGGGCUCGGCUCCGCUAAGCCAAGUAUCCAGAAAUCAAAUCUCUGAUGGGACCCGAUCACCAUCUGAAGUGGAUUGUCCUAGGAAUGGUUUUAAUACAACUUGCUGCCUGUCGUCUGUUGCGGGACUUGACCUGGAAAUGGGUCCUGUUUUGCGCCUAUGCCUUCGGCGGCUGCGUAAACCAUUCGUUGACGUUGGCCAUCCACGACAUUUCUCACAAUGCUGCGUUUGGGAACCAGAAAGCAAAGUGGAACAGGUGGUUUGCGGUAUUUGCUAACCUUCCCAUAGGGGUGCCUUAUUCUGCUUCCUUCAAGAAAUAUCACAUUGACCACCACCGAUACCUGGGAGGAGACCGCUUAGAUGUGGAUAUACCAACUGAUUUUGAAGGCUGGUUCUUCUGCACUCCGCUUCGAAAAGUCGUGUGGCUGAUCUUACAACCAUUUUUCUAUGUGUUGCGGCCGCUUUAUGUGAACCCCAAGCCGAUCAGCCAGAUGGAAGUCUGCAAUGCGCUGGUCCAGUUUUCAGUUGAUGUCGUGUUAUAUUACAUUUGGGGUCUGAAGCCCAUUGUAUAUCUGGUGGCUGGUUCAGCGUUCUGCUUGGGUUUCCAUCCUAUAUCCGGACACUUUAUAGCUGAACAUUAUAUGUUCACCAAAGGAUACGAGACAUAUUCGUACUACGGAUCUCUGAAUUUAAUUACCUUUAAUGUUGGUUAUCACACAGAGCAUCAUGAUUUUCCCAGCAUCCCUGGAAGUAAGCUACCCGUGGUGAAGCGGAUAGCGCCUGAAUAUUACGAGACUUUACCUCAUCACCACUCUUGGGCUCAAGUUUUGUGGGAUUUCAUAUUUGAAGAUAAAAUCGGCCCUUAUUCCAGAAUUAAAAGAAAAUGCAAGCUGGCUAAAAGAAGCUGAGAUUGUAUCUUGUAUUAAAUAUGCAACAAUCUACUAAAAGGACAUCUUUUGUUUCUG